UCUAAUCGUACCGGAAGUCCUCAGGGUGACAUUUCACAACGGGACAUAAACUAAGGCAUGGGAGUACUUAUAGUGUGAACAGCUGUGUCAGUCUUUGAUAUAUAUUUUUUUUAUAAGUAAUUCGUCAAGCUUGUGUGUAAAUAACGGAAUGGCGGCGUGGACUUGUCGGUUUCUGAUUCACAGAGGAGCAAGUGUUGUAACAUUAGCGGUGCGACAGGGCAAAGCAGGCGACAGUUCCUUCCUGGCACUUGGCUGUAUUCGGACCGUGAAGACCACUACCUGGUGGGAUGAGCACCUCACAGAGGACAACCAGUCAUAUAUGAGGAAAAGCCUCGGGGAGGAGUUUAACAAACAGACAGCUGCCAAGCUCCACCCCCUAAAGGAUGAACCCUGGCCAAGACAAGAGUGGACUGACGGGAGCAGACGGGUGGGUUUGGUAGCAGUGAAGCUGGGGAUGGCUCCUGUGUGGACCAAGUCAGGGGAGAGACACGUGGUGACCAUGCUGCAGGUGCAGGAUUGCCAUGUGCUGAAGCACCUGACCAAAGAGGAGUACGACGGCCACACUGCAGCCCUGGUGGUCGGAGGCCGAAAUGCAUCGCCUUUUUACAAGACGGAGGAGAACAUGGAGAUGUUUAGGAUAGCAGGAGUGCCUCCCAAACAGAAAGUGACAACGUUUAAAGUUUCUGACAACGCCAUCAUCAAACCAGGCACUCCUCUCCAUGCAGCACACUUCCGCCCUGGUCAGUAUGUUGAUGUCACUGCAAAAACGAUCGGCAAGGGUUUCCAAGGUGUUAUGAAACGUUACGGGUUCAAAGGUCAGCCAGCGUCUCACGGGCAAACCAAGACUCACCGAAGGCCCGGGGCUUCAGGACCUGGAGGGGAUCCAGCCAAAGUCUUCAAAGGAAAGAAGAUGCCUGGCAUGAUGGGAAAUAUUUAUGACACAGCCACUGGUUUAAAGGUAUGGAGAAUCAACACCAAACACAAUGUCCUCUACGUACAUGGUUCGGUUCCUGGCCACAAGAACUGCUUGGUGAAGGUGAGAGACACUGUCCUGCCCCCUCGGAUGAAGUUUAACCUUGACCCUCCGUUCCCCACGUUCUUCUGCGACGGAGACGAGGAGCUUCCUGAAGACCUGUACGCCGACGACAUGUUCAUCCACACAGAACCCUCCGUCACGCUGUCAUAACUCUCUCGCACCCUUUGUGACACACGUACCCUUCAGAUUCAAUCUGGAUUGUUAUCAUUAAAUAAACUGUCAUUUCCAGA